UUUAUGCGUGGAGACGUGCCAUUGUAUUCUAACGUUCUUUAUCAUUUCAUUUCGAGUACAUUUAAUGCUCUUCAUUAUGGAGUUUCAAGUAUUUUGGUGUUUAUUCUUUGUUUGGAACGUUGUUUGGUGUUAAAAACGGGAAAUCAAUUGACUGGCAAGAAAAAUGGAAUAUUUAUUAUCGGAGGGAUAUUUGUUGUUAUCGCAGUUUAUCUUUUAUGUGGGGCAAGCUAUGCUUUUGAAUUUCCAUUGAAUUAUGAAACUGGUAAUCGAACUUAA